GCCCAUGGUUUCCGGUGUGAUGGCGCCCCGGAGCCGGACUCGCCUGUAGUUUGGAUGUGAGAGUUCCCCAUGUGCCGGCAUCUGUGACGGCCUUCCCAUGCGUGGCUCCAGAACCGACUAUGCUGUUGCUGGGAGUACUGGGAGCGGUGUGCGCUUGCGCUGCGGCCAGCGCGGACGACGGCGGCGGGUCCCGCGAGCCGAGCGUGAACUUCAGCUCCUUCUCGCUGCCUGAUGAGCACAUCCCCUACUUCCUACGCAACAACAAGAGGGUGGCGAAGAUCUGCAAAGAAGACCUGCUCUGCCCAUUCAAACAUGUGCUACGGAAUUUGACAGCCUGCUGGGGCUAUGAAAAGAACUGCAGUCCAGAGGGCAGGUUCAGCUAUCCCGUCUGCUCCAGGGUUGACCCGGGAUGGGUCGCUUCGCUGCAGGCUGCCCAAGAGCUCUUCUGGAAGCAGGCGGACUUUGGCUACGUGAAGGAGCGACUCGCUGAACUGAGGACCCUUUGCAAGCCCUCCAGACCCGGAGACUCCUCGCUGAAAUGCACCAGCCACGCACGCUACUGCCGCGCAACGAACCUCUACCUAGACCUGAGGAACCCGCCGAGGAACCACGACAGGUAUAAGGAGGACUUCUUCCAGGAGGGGCAGAUCGGGGGCCACUGCAGUCUCGACAGCAGAGCCCUGCAGUCCGAGGGGCAGCACAAAAGCCCCCUGCAGUCCUGGUUUGCUGAACUGCAGACGUAUACGAGCCUUAAAUUUGACCCAAUAGAGGAGGGCCAGUGCGACUUGGUCGUGGAGAGGCCCACCAUCUUCAUGAAGCUGGACGCAGGGGUCAACAUGUACCACCACUUUUGCGACUUUGUCAAUCUCUACAUCUCGCAGCACCUCAACAACUCCUUCGGCACGGAUGUGAACGUCGUCAUGUGGGACACCAGCCUGUAUGGAUACGGGGACCUGUUCAGCGAGACAUGGAAGGCCUUCUCCGACUACGACGUCAUUCACCUGAAGAGCUUCGACUCCAAGCGGGUGUGUUUCAAGGAUGCCUUUUUCUCGCUGCUGCCACGGAUGAGAUAUGGGUUGUUCUACAACACACCCUUAAUCUCUGACUGCCGCACCGAGGGGUUGUUCCGAGCCUUCUCCCAGCACGUCCUGCACCGCCUGCACAUCCCCCAGGAGGGGCCCAAGGACGGCAAAAUUCGAGUCUCAUUACUUGCCCGGAGCACAGAAUAUCGUAAAAUUUUAAAUCAGGACGAGCUUAUCGGGGCUUUGAAGACGGUUCCUUUGUUCGAGGUCAAACUGGUGGAUUACAAAUACAAGGACGUCCCCUUCCUGGAUCAGCUCAGGGCGACGCACAAUUCGGACAUCUUCAUCGGGAUGCACGGGGCGGGGCUCACUCAUCUUCUCUUCCUCCCGGAUUGGGCCGUCAUCUUCGAGCUAUAUAACUGUCAAGAUGAAAGCUGCUAUCGGGAUCUGGCUCGCCUGCGCGGGGUGCGCUACGUGACUUGGCAGAGGAGGGACAAAGUGUUUCCUCAGGACAAGGGUCAUCAUCCCACUCUGGGGGAGCACCCGAAAUUCACCAACUACUCCUUCGACGUGGAGGAGUUCAUGCGCAUUGUGCUGCGGGCCGCUGAACACGUGCGCAAACACCCCAAGUGGCUUGCGGAUUGGCGGCGGCAGCACGACGAGCUCUAGGGGGCGCCAUCCGGAUACAGGCGCAUCGGCCACUGGUUCGACGGCAUUUUAGACGCUGCCGUACACACACACACACACACACACACACACACACACACACACACACACACACACCACAUCUGAACCAACCAGCACCUGCGUGGCACCGAAAGCGCUCGACUCAUCGUCUGUAUUAGGAAGUGGAAGUUUGAGCUCUUGUAGCUACUCUGGAUUGUGAUAUAAUAUGAUUGUAAUAUUUGUACUGUUACCCGGAUGUGAAGGUUAGUGAGGUGAUGCCCCCAUAACUGCCGGUCUCCAGUCAUGACGAAAAGCGCGAACGUUGCAGUGAGGCUGCGAUGCUGAUGAAGUCGACGACGUGUCGCUCGUGAGCCGCCUGCCAUCCCUGCGCGCUGGCUGUCUGUUAAUAAGGACAGUUAUUAAUAUUCUGUGUGACACGGUGCCUCAAACCCCGCUUGUCGGGUGCUUUCUGACGUCUGUCCCCUGACCCCAGGUGCUUACAUUUACACUGACAUUUAUUUAUUUAGCAGACGCUUUUCUGCAAAGCGACUUCCAACGAACUCUAUAUAGUGUUAUGAGCCCACACACCUUAUUCACCACGGUGACUUACACUGCUAGAUACACUACUUACACUGGGUCACUCAUCCAUACAUCAGUGCUUCAACACGGAUUGGUCAAAGACUAUUGAUGAUAUUUAUAUAAAUUGAUACCUAGUGGUAAUAAACACGCUUUGCCACAUUUUUAAGGUUUCAGUUUUUGUUCUUUUUUUUUUCCCUCCCCAAUUGUAAUUUUAUUUAUUUUUGGAAUAGGUGAGAUGAUAUGCUCGCAGCAAAAUAUAACGUGUGUCUUUUCAAGGCAUUUCGAGAUGUUUGGCACAAUGUUAGGAAUGUUCCGUAUUUGCCGGUUUCUUCCCAAGCAAAGAAUGAGUUGUGGUACAACAUCUUAUUUUUUUAAUCACCGUCGGCUGGUUUAUACCACAAGUGCUGGGACAUGUACCUCAGUCGUGCGAUGUAGGUACAAACGCAUAACCAGUAUUUAUUAUGGUCUUGUUACAGACCAAGUUACACACACUCCAGCAAGCUAUUUAAUGUAUUUAGGUAGAAGUGGAUGUAUUAGAGUAAUUCUG